AGUCGCAGCCCCGAGCACGACCCGCGCAGGCGCAAACCGACAGCCGCUUCCGGGUUCAGGCGCGGCGUUUUGCCGAGGGAGAAAAACCCCGAGGAGGGGGCGGCCGGGGGUGGCGAUGGCGACCUACAGCCUGGCCAACGAGAGGCUCCGCGCGCUGGAGGACAUCGAACGGGAGAUCGGCGCCAUUCUCCAGAAUGCAGGUACCGUGAUCCUGGAGCUGUCCAAGGAGAAGACCAACGAGCGGCUGCUGGACCGGCAGGCGGCGGCCUUCACGGCGUCGGUGCAGCACGUGGAGGCCGAGCUGUCGGGGCAAAUCCGCUACCUCACCCAGGUAGCCACCGGGCAGCCCCAUGAGGGCUCCAGCUACUCUUCGAGGAAGGACUGCCAGAUGGCCCUGAAGCGAGUGGACUACGCCCGUCUCAAGCUCAGCGAUGUGGCUCGAACCUGUGAGCAGAUGCUGGAAAACUAGGCCGACCAGCUAGAGCGAGAACUUGGAAGAAGGCCACCACCAGCACCCGGGACAAAGAGACCUGUGGCGUGGGACAUCAGGGCUGCCACUUUGGGCCCGGCUGGGCAGGGUGUAGGGGGCAGAAGGUGGGGAUGGAGACACUUGAAGAUCAAGCGGCCUGACUCCUCCCACAGGUGCUCCUGCAGGUGCGCCAGGAAGUGCUGACAAGGUCAGACAGAGAUCAGACCACCAGCACACUUCCUCCAACACCCCGUGCCCUACCCCAGGCUUCUGUAGACUGGACCAGCGAAGGCACAUGCUUCUUCAUGGAAAGAGACAAAAGCAGAACCAGGGGUUUUAAUUAAAAAAAAAAACAACAGCAACGGAAGCAGGGAGCUGGGACUCUCACUGGAGCAUACGUGGGUGAUACCGGGAUUGAGGAAAUAAAAUCGUGGGGGCGGUGGGACCCUGAGGGGAGGCGCUGGAGCCAGGAACCUUGGGAAGGGGGCAGGAGCCUGAGGCCAGUGUCUGCAGAAUAAAAGAAUCAAUAAUUAUAAAAAUAAUCUUUAGUAAUUAAGCACAUAAUUUGUCUAGGGUAUCACAGUGAGUUGUAGAUUUUACGUUACAGCAUGGAAAAGAAGUCCAGGGAGAGCUGACAAGAGGGCAGUGGCCGGACACUUGGAUAUUAAACAUCAAGUGGCCGUGGAGUGCCUAGCAUGUGCUAGAGAUUAUUCUGAUGUAUUAAUUAAAGGUGUGCGGGGCUGCAUAAAGGACGGCAUCUACCCUCUCAGGUUUCCGCU